UUUGCAGUCAUCGCCAUGUCUUCCAUGUUUUGGGUCGGAGCAUCCUUAUUGGCAUCAGAAAUCGGCUUCUUCUCCACGUUAAUUGUGAACUCUUUUCUAGUUCAUCUAAUUAUUUUCUAUACGAAACAAGUGUUCGGUGCGUAUAAAUACCUAGUCUUAUCGUUUUCAUUAAUGGGUAUUGUAUUUGCCACUGCAGAAUUUAUUGUCAAACCGAUGACGCACAACUACAAAGCUAGUUUCACAUUUUUCACACUAGAAAGGCCAUUCAAAUGCUCCAAAGAAACUGCAAUGAUACUUUUAGCUGCCUACUCUAGUACGUAUGCUGCCACAAUAUCCUUAUUGGCUGUACAGUUUGUCUAUCGAUAUUGGGCAAUAUUUCAUGUUCGCCGGCUAAGUUUCUUCAAUGGAAUUUGGAUAUUGUUUUGGAUUUUCCUCGCAAUGAUGUUCGGUGUAGACUGGAGCUGUUCUGUAUACUUUCUUGGAAUGCCUGAUAAAGUCUCGGAAGACUACUUAAGAUUAGAAAUCAGUGAUCAAUACAACCUUAAUAUAACUCGUCUCGCCUACUUUUCAGCUGUUGUCUACGAUUCAGAAUAUCAUAUCAGAUGGCGAAGUGUCAUGGUUAUGGGUAGUGUGUCAAAAGUUUUGUCAAUUCAAUACGCAGUUAUGAUAUUUUGCGGAGUCCGAAUGCAUUUCAAAAUGGCAGAAAAAAUGGAGCAAUUCUCAAUUACUAAUCGGAAAAUGCACAAACAGCUUUUCAAAACCCUCGUUGUACAGAUCACAGUACCAACAUUCACAAUCUUCAUGCCAGUCAUGUUCAUGUUUUUAAUACCAUUCUUUGAUCUUCAACUUGGGAUUCCAACGGGAGUGUUGCUGUGUGCAUUAUCUUUGUAUCCAUUCAUCGAUGGGCUUAUUGUUAUCAGUAUUGUGUCAGAUUAUCGAAAAGCUGCAAUUGAAGUAUUCCGCCGAAUCCUCUCCCGAAUAACAUGUGGCCGUUUCAAAUUGCAUCAGGUGAAAAAAUACGAUUUCUCAGUUAGUGGUGGCGGUGUUGGAGCUGAUGGAAGUACUGCUGGAACGAUUGCUAGAACUAAUAGAGUUGGUGUGAAUUCUAGAACGACAGCUUCUACUUUUUAAAUUUAAAAUUUCGUUGAACCCGGUUUGAAUUCUAGUUGUUCAUUUAUGUUUAUUUUUCAGCAAUACAUGUAUUAAUAAAUAAUUUAA